AGUGACCUAGUAUUCGCGUUAGGGGAACAAAUCGAUGCGUUCUGUGGAUAGACAAUACCAUUAAACAAGUUACGUGAAUAUAGGUAACGAACACAUACAAAUGAAACGGGCUUUGAAGGUGGAGGUCAUCAGUAGGAAUGCGCAAACCGAAUAGUGCGCAUGCCCGGACGUGCUCCCCACGCCUGCGCUUCGCCCGUCGCGGUUAACUCCUUAUCAACGUUGCACUGAUAUUGUAAAUUCGUUGAAUCAGUUAUAUUUGUGUAAUCCAGAAAAUUAUAAUGAACUUAUAUCACGUUUUGAGCAAACAAUUAUAGUCGGCUAACAUAAACGGUUAACUUGUUUUCUGAUGUGCAACCGUGUCGGCGGUUCGAUAUCGAUACUUGUGCUCUUACUCCUGAAUCCCAGGAACUGUUCGGCUAGCAUUCAAUAUGAUGCCCCUGGCAAGAUAUCGUUCAACUCGGUGCAGGCGUGGGCAGUCAAACUUGGUACAGAAUUAUAUCAUUUUGGUGAGUUUAUUACUCGGAAGAAAGAAGUUCAGGAUAGUUUUAAGUCCGCGCAAAUUGAAGUGCGGGAUGGAGAAAAAUUAGUACAAAACAUGGCGGACGAUAUUCGAGCCAUGAUGGAGCUCAAAAUUAGUGCCGUUAAAAGGAUCGUAGAAGCGGCUGAGAACAUGGCGUUCGAUAAACAAAAUGAACCUGUACCGGAAGAUUUUCAAUUUUACAACAGCAAAGAAAUGGAUGAACCUUACGAUGAUGUAUCGUUGACGACCACACCAGAACCGGAAUUCAAUGUUGAUAAUUGGAUUGUUCGACCGCCAACGAAAAGUGCUCAUCUACAAUCUAAUCCCCACUUUUCAAACAUACCUGUGAACGCCAAUUUUAGUAGCGUUCAUGUUCCUACCAAUGUUUAUGCUUGGGCGCCGGAAGUAAUAAAAGGAAUACAUUGGUCGGAAGGCUUAGAUACGCACUUUAUCAAUAAUUAUCAAAGUGAUCCGACACUCUCUUGGCAGUACUUCGGCAGUUCAACAGGAUUCAUGAGGCAUUACCCUGGUAAAAUACUUAAUAUUGAGACAAAGAUAUAUUCAGUAUUAUAG